AGCAGUGGUCCUUCCACCAGAAGCCCAGGGUGAGGACAGAGAUGGCGCUGAGCCUGGAGUCUACAAGCUUCCCCAUGCUGGCCGUGUCCAGAAGCACUGCGUCUGAGCUUCCUGGUGGCUUUAAUGUGUCCCACAACAGUUCCUGGACUGGCCCAACAGAUCCCAGCUCCCUGCAAGACCUUGUGGCCACCGGUGUCAUCGGGGCAGUGCUCUCAACCAUGGGUGUGGUGGGCGUGGUGGGCAAUGUGUACACUCUGGUGGUCAUGUGCCGAUUUCUGCGUGCCUCGGCCUCCAUGUACGUCUAUGUGGUCAACCUGGCCCUGGCUGACCUGCUGUAUCUGCUGAGCAUUCCCUUCAUCGUAGCCACCUACGUCACUAAGGACUGGCACUUCGGGGACGUGGGCUGCCGAGUUCUCUUUAGCCUGGACUUCCUGACAAUGCAUGCCAGCAUCUUCACCCUGACCAUAAUGAGCAGUGAACGCUAUGCAGCAGUACUGAGGCCCCUGGACACCGUCCAGCGCUCCAAGGGUUACCGUAAGCUGUUGGCGCUGGGCACCUGGUUGCUGGCACUGCUGCUGACCUUACCCAUGAUGCUUGCCAUCCGGCUGGUCCGUAGGGGCUCUAAGAGCCUCUGCCUGCCAGCCUGGGGCCCUCGUGCCCACCGUACCUACCUGACGCUGCUCUUUGGGACCAGCAUUGUGGGGCCUGGCCUGGUCAUUGGGCUGCUCUAUAUCCGUCUGGCCAGGGCCUAUUGGCUAUCCCAGCAAGCUUCCUUCAAGCAGACACGGCGGCUGCCCAACCCCAGGGUUCUCUACCUCAUCCUUGGUAUCGUCCUUCUCUUCUGGGCAUGCUUUCUGCCCUUCUGGCUAUGGCAGCUGCUGGCCCAGUACCACCAGGCCAUGCCACUGACACCCGAGACUGCACGCAUCAUCAACUACCUGACUGCCUGCCUCACUUACGGCAACAGCUGCAUCAAUCCCUUCCUCUACACUCUGCUCACCAAGAACUACCGUGAGUACCUGCGUGGCCGCCAGCGGUCACUGGGUAGCAGUUGCCGUGGCCCAGGGAGUGCUGGCAGCUUCCUGUCCAGCCGUGUCCACCUCCAGCAGGACUCGGGCCGCUCACUGUCCUCCAACAGCCAACAGGCCACAGAGACCCUCGUGCUGUCUCCAGUUCCCCCUAAUGGGGCCUUUGUGUGAGAGUGCUUUGUGUGACCCUGCGGGUAGGAAAGGACCCAAAGGCAGGCCACUCAGGAACCCAUUCCCAGAAUCCCCUACUCAAACCUAACUCACUUGUCUGUCUUCUUGUGGAAAGUCCCCUCUUCUCUGUUGUUCUCAUCAGCUCUAUCAGAGCCUUUCCUAUGAUGCCAAUACAUUCCUGCUUCAAACCAGUCUCUGAGGGGCUUCAGAAGCUGUGGCCCAGACCCUCUUCUGAAGACCCUGGUGUGCUGAGUCAUGUAAGGCCUAAUUACCCAGAGCAGCUAGUACCAGGCUGUAACCUGACCUUUGAUGUAAGCCCUUCCAGCCUGAGGACCCUCCCCCAUUGGUUGGUAAGGGGCCUGCAGGCAUCUCUACCCUCUCUCUCCCCAUCCAUUCCACGGUAGCUUCUUGCUCCCAUAUGCACAUGGAACAAUAAACCCUGUUCUCUGAAGUGUGUCCUGCCUCAGUGUUGGGGGUGGAAGUUGGGGUGGGAUGGGGGUCCUG